ACCUCAUUUUGGGUUUUCAGUUCUUACAAUAUUUUGAGAUUUAUAAGAAAAUAUGGAUAAAGAAAAAAUGAAACCUCAACGUUAUUUUUCAAAGUCAUUCCAAGAGGUAAGUGGUAGUCCCAAAAGUGAAGAAAAAAUCGUAACACAAGGUAACUUAACUUAUGAUGUAUCAAAUAUUAAGAAGAAACCAUGGGGUAGGAGACUGGAAGACAGAAAAUUCAAUAAAGUUAAAAAGAAAUUACCCCAAAAAUCAAACCCAAAUCCAAAAUUCAGGGGCAAAUUCAAAGUGCCCAAAGAACUACUAGAAAAAUAUAGCAAAGGCGAUGGGGUGAACUUGAAGAGUGUCAAAACAAGUAUACACCAGAAAAAAUUCGAAAAGAAAGAAAAGAACAUAAAAUUUGCAGUUGAACAAUCUGCAAAGGCUGAAGUUUUAUUGGUUGAGGACUCUGGAUAUUUAGAGGCUGAUGCUGGUGAAACAACAACCCAAUUCACCCAAAAACAGAUUGUGAAUAGUGUAGAUUUAGCUGCAGCAUCAAAACACUUUGAUCUCAAAUUAGAUUUUGGCCCAUACAGAGCAAAAUAUACCAGAAAUGGUAGGCAUUUGCUCUUGGGAGGGAAAAUGGGACAUGUAGCUGCAUUCGAUUGGAUGACAAAGAAACUACAUUGUGAAAUAAAUGUUAUGGAAUCUGUGCAUGAUGUCUGUUGGUUGCAUAUUGAAACAAUGUUAGCUGUUGCACAAAAAGAUUGGGUGUAUAUUUAUGAUAAUCAAGGCAUUGAAUUGCACUGUGUGAAAAGGUUAAACAAAGUUUCUAGGAUGGAGUUUCUACCUUAUCAUUUCCUUCUUGGCUCCUGUAGUGAUGAAGGUUAUUUAAGCUGGCUGGACAUUUCUAUAGGGCAAAUAGCUGGUCAGUAUAACACUAAUUUGGGCAGAUUGUCUGUCCUGACACAGAACCCUUGGAAUGCCACCCUUUGUGUGGGACAUGCCAAGGGGGUAGUGUCUUUUUGGUCCCCCAAUUCCAGGGAUCCUCUGGCUAAAAUGUUGUGCCACAAAGCUCCUGUUAUUGCUGCUCAUGUAGAUCCUACUGGACUAUAUAUGGCCACUUCUGCUUCCAACAGAGAGUUAAAAAUUUGGGAUGUCCGGAAACUUGAAGGACCUGUCCAGGAAUAUAAACUAGUCCAACCUGCCAACAAUGUGGCAUUUUCCCAGAAACAAAUGAUGGCUGUUGGUAUGGGAAAUGUAGUGGAAAUAUACAGGGAUUGUUGCACGACAGCAGCGAAAAGAGCCUACCUGAGACAUCGUUUUGUGACUCCCAUAGGAAAUCUGAGUUUCUGCCCGUUCGAGGACGUUUUAGGGGUCACCACAGCUCGAGGGUUCACCAGUUUAUUGGUACCCGGAGCUGGUGAACCGAAUUUCGAUUCUUUGGAGGCCAAUCCGUUCCAAGCCAAGUCUCAGAGACGGGAGGCUGAAGUGAAGUCCUUAUUGGAAAAGAUCCAACCAGAAUUGAUCACUCUGGAUCCAACUACAAUUGCUGACGUAGAUUUGCCUACACUGAGAGACAAAGUUGACGCAAAAUUAAAAUUAUUGUAUUUGAAACCACCGAAGGUCAAUUAUGAACCAAGGAAGAAGGCCAAAGGACGUGGAGGGUCCGUUAAAAUCGCUAGAAAUAAGAAAAUAGUGCAAGAAGAAGCUAAAAAGGAGUUUGUGAGAAAUAAAAGAGAAAUUACCAGAGAGGAGGAACAGGAACAGGAAAAACCCAAAAAACCACCUCAUGUGUUAGAUAGAUUUUUACCUAAAAAGAAGACAUAAAGUUACAUUAAAUACUUUUAUAUUG